UUAGCAUUUUCUGAAAUGAGAUAAACAUAUAUUCGAGUAUUAAAUAAAGAAAGACCGAAAUCAUCCGAGUGCACAGAGUGCAGGCGGCACGACAAAUCUAUCGUCCACGUGUCUCAUGAGUUGUCACGAAAUUAGCGGGAAACGCCAAUCAGCUGUUCCGAAUGAUAGGUUUACAUCGUGGGAGACAACCUCGUUGAAACUGAAAUCGCAAUAAAACGACGUAGCGAUGGUGCAAAUUGUUCGUUGACAAUCGAUCGAACCAGUCAUCGUUGAUGGAUCCAAUCAGUACGAAAAGAUUUUAUGGCGGCAGAGUACAGAAGAAGAAAUCGUCCAAGUCCAAUGUUUGUUGGGUGAAAACGUAUCGCGUCAUGCCCUCGCACAUACUCGGCCCGACGCAAUACUGGCAGGAAUUUCAUAAACAGGCCGAUGCACUGGCCACCGCUGCUGAACGCAGCACCAAAACCGACACGCUCUGUACAUUUGUGUAUCAGCGACCCAGCGACGGCAGUCGCAGAUUCGUCGUCGCACACCCGGAGGUUUACUGGUGGUAUUACAAAGCCAAGCCGCAAGAAGAGAGAUGCUCGUACGAGGUAAUACCGAAGGAUUCACCAUGUUGGUUAUAUCUGGACUUGGAAUAUCCGAUCGAACUAAAUCCUCUUUGCAAUGGUCCACGCAUGACUAAGAUGCUAAUAGACAUCAUACGAGCAUAUUUACUCCAUCACUAUCAUUUGUUAUGUGAUAGAAAUAAUUUUUUAAUAUUGGAUUCUACAUCCAGCAAGAAAUUCAGUAGACACGUAAUUUUUAUCCUCAAGGAUAUAGCCUUUAAAGAUAAUUCACAUGUUGGAAAGUUCAUUAAAACUAUAUACAAUGAUAUCUUGCUUUACUUGAAAUCGGACAUGUCGCAUGGAAUUUUAAGUCAUUUUAACAAAGCAGAUAUCGAGGAAAUGCUCGUGAAAACCGAGCAUGAUGAAAAAUUGUUUAUUGACAAUGGUGUCUAUACAAAGAAUAGACAUUUUAGAUUAUACCUGUCUACCAAGUGGGGAAAACAGUCAUAUCUAACAGUUUCUGAAGAUUGUACACAUAACGCAGUGAACAAACGCAGAGAAAAAGAACUAGGAAUCUUCCUAGACUCCUUGAUAUCGUACUUUCCAAACAAGCAGAAUUUAAUUCUGCUAGAGUUUUUUAAUCGGACCGAUGUAAAAACUCAACGUUACAUAAACGUGCCAAAGAAAUCCAUUCACGAAAAUGAUAACCAGACGUCACCAUAUCCCGAAAUAGACAGAUACAUUAGCCAUCUCGUUGAUCCUGGCAAGAUACGCAUCGUUAAGUAUUCUGAAAAAGCUAAUACACUGAAAUACGAAAUUUUAGGUAACAGAUACUGUGAAAAUAUUGGCAGGUAUCAUAAAAGCAAUAAUGUAUAUUGGAUCGUGGAUCUAAAUACAAAAAAGAUCUAUCAAAAAUGUCAUGAUACUGACUGCUCGGGUUUUGUAUCAACAGCAAAGAGUUUAUCAGAAGAAAUUCUUUUUAAAUUAGAUAUCGAAGGUGAUAUUUUCAUGUCUCAUAUAAUAACAGAUGAAGAUAUUGCAGAGGAAAUUUAAGUUUAUUAAAUAUUUUAAUAAGCGCACAAAUAUAAUUUAUAUAAAACUGUGUAUAAAAAUGCCUUAAAUUAUUUCUCAAUAAAUUUAUUUUUAGUAUAUUUUUCUUCAGUAAUAAUGCCCUUUGAUAAACUAUACACUGAGAAAUAAUAAAAAA